AUGUCGCACGUUCACGCUACUCCUUCCAUUGCCUCCAUGUCGACGGCAGCUACUACUGUAAAUACUUCGGCGCCUCAUGAAGCGCUUGAAUUCAUCGACUUUUUAAAUGCUUCCCCUUCUCCUUUCCAUGCUGUGCAUGAAGCCGUCCAGCGUCUCGAAAAAGCCGGCUUUCAACGCUUAAGCGAACGAUCGGAUUGGACACUCAAGCGAGAAGGAAAGUACUACUUUACUCGAAACGGGUCUUCAGUGGUUGCCUUUGUCGUGGGCGGAGCUUACAAACCGGGCAAUGGAUUUUCAAUUGUCGGUGCACACACAGACUCUCCCUGUCUCAAAUUGAAACCGGUAUCGAAAAAGGAAAAUGCUGGUUAUCUUGAAGUAGGUGUGCAGUUGUAUGGUGGUGGCAUAUGGCACAGUUGGUUUGAUCGCGACCUCGGUAUUGCCGGUAGAGUGAUGGUACAGCAAGAAGAUGGUUCCUUUAAACAUACGCUUGUUCGCAUUCACAGACCAAUUCUUCGUGUGCCUACCUUGGCUAUUCACUUGGACGGGUCAGCCAAUGAAGCUUUCAAGUUCAACAAGGAGACCCAUCUAUUACCUAUCCUAGCUACCACAGUGAAAUCGUACGCUAUCUGUACCCCAAAGAUUGCAAAGGUACUUAAUGCGCCAAAACCUGGACACGGAGAGCACGCCGACCGUCAUCAUCCUUGUUUGAUUGAAGCGCUUGCCAAUGAGAUUGGCGUUCAACCUUCCUCUAUCCACGACUUUGACUUGAGUCUCUACGACAUCCAGCCUGCUACUUUGGGCGGUUUGUACAACGAGUUUAUCUUUUCUGCACGUUUGGAUAAUUUAGGCAUGUCUUAUUGUUCGCUGAUGGCGCUUAUUCGUUCAUCGAAUGACCUAUCACAAGAACCCAAUGUCCGUCUUGUCUCACUUUUUGACAAUGAAGAAGUGGGUAGCACCACCCUUAAUGGAGCGAAUUCCAACCUGUUACCGGCAACUUUGGAAAGAAUCGUCGCCACCGAUAUUGGCACGCGUAAAGGGAAAUCAAGUAAAUCCACCUUUGAACAAGCGGUCCAAAAAAGCUUGUUAGUGAGUGCUGAUAUGGCCCAUGCUGUUCAUCCUAACUAUACCGAAAAGUACGAAGAAAACCACCGUCCAGCCAUGCAUAAAGGAACAGUGAUCAAGAUCAAUGCAAAUCAGAAAUAUGCGACCACUGCCCCAACUAGUCUGAUAAUUCGUGAAAUUGCCCGUCGUCGUAAUAUUCCUAUUCAGGAAUUUGUUGUGCGCAACGAUUCGUCUUGCGGAUCGACCAUUGGACCCAUGCUCAGUGCCAAGCUCGGUUUGCGAACCAUCGACGUCGGCAACCCGCAGCUGAGUAUGCAUUCUAUCCGUGAAACCGGUGGUGUCGACGAUGUGAAAAACGGCAUCUCCCUUUUAGAGGCAUUCUUUGAAUUAUUCCCUUCGGUAGAUGAACAAGUUGUUGUGGAUUAA